AUGAUGUCACCGAAAGUCCUUAUUGCCCUAUUUCUUUCUCUUAUUAUCGGUUUUGCAUACAGUUCAACAUAUCACCAACAACAAAAAGAACAUCACAAUGGAAUGUCUCAUGCAUCCUCAUCAACACAAUCACAAGUCCAUAAAAAUUUAGACAAUCUGAUGUUUGAUGAUGAUGAAAGUAAUCAUUUGAUUGAAAAACCAUCCUCAAAACAACCAGUACCAUGGUCACAAUCAAAAACACAUGCUACACAAUUUUUAAAUUAUGAUACACCGAAAUGGUUCAUGUUGGCAAAACAGCUUCAAGACGACCAUUAUUUACCAAAACGAGCACUAACAAGAAAUAGAUAUAUGAAACGAAAACCAGCCAAACCACCAAUGGAAGUUAUGAAUGAAAUUGUAAAUGCUAUUUAUUUAAGGCGUUAA